UCUCAUCCUAUCCCAUCACCGCCAUCUCCCGCCCUCCCACACAAACUCAUCCUCCGGCCACGAGCACCGCAUUACCCUCUCACACCCCGCAUAACCGAAUAGCUCUACCCGAUCCGGACUCCGCGCAGUGCAUUACCGCCCGCACCCCUCUCCCUCGAGGUCCUUAACUGAAACCGCGUGCCCCUGCCGACCGCGAGGGCGCACCCACACACCAAAACACAAAAUCUCGCCUUGGUUUGAGCAUACCUCCCAAGUGGAACCCGACUGUGUCACGCGGAGAUCUCCAGUCAACUAGGGCUGAGAAUUCGAAGAAAUACUCAUUGUCACUGCUGCUCUCAACAGUUGAACGAAAGAACGAACACGCGAAGCGUUGCUAACGACUCUGACGAACUUUGCACGCUUUUCUAAAAAUCAUGGCUACUGCUGCCCAGGCCGCUGCUCUGGGAUUGGAGCACUGGAAGGUGACUAUGCUUGGCGAUGGAGGGGUGGGGAAGACUGCGCUCGCAGUGCAGUUCACGCAAAAACAGUUCAUCGAGACCUACGACCCCACAAUCGAGGACUCGUACCGCAAGCAAGUGCUUGCGGACGGUAAGAUGAGCUUCCUGGAAAUAAUCGACACUGCCGGCCAAGAGGAUUACUCGACCCUUCGGGAGCAAUGGAUUCGUGAAGGACAAGGCUUCAUCCUCGUGUACAGCGUCACGAACCAGACAUCGUUCCAGAAUGUAGACCGGUUCCGGAAGACGAUGAUCUCCCUCCACCCCGAAAUCCCGGUGUUCCUCAUCAUCGGGAACAAGGCUGACGACGCCUAUCGGCGGGAGGUGUCGGCCGAACAAGGCCUGACAUACGCGAGACGGCAUAACUGCGAGUUCUUCGAAGCGAGUGCCAAGUCGGGGCAGAACGUUGAGAAACUGUUUAGCGAGGUCGUACGCCAGCUGAGGGCAAACAACCGGUCCCCCCAGCCACUCACGCCAAACUCUACUACGUCGACCAGCGGGCGCGGAAGCUCACGCACGAGCGCUUCGGGGUAUACGGCCCAUUCGAGCACAGUAGGAACAGCGACACCACUGACGGUGCCGAGCUCGGGAAGCCUGGGGCACCAGCAAACACCGCGUGGGUAUCCCGCGGCAUCGGGAGCAGGAGGGCUGGGAGCACCUCGAUCCCCUCCGCCCCCAUCGAGCGUCGGGAAGAUGUCUGCUCCCCCGGCGUUAGGACCCGGUAUGAGUGCGUCUGGGAGCACAAGAAACAGGGGAGGGUCGACCAGUCGUUCUGAGCCAGCGGCGUAUCCAAUCCCGGGAAGGGAUGUCCGAUCUCCCACUGCCGCAGGAGGGAUGCCCAUGAGCCCACCAGCACCGAAGAAGGGCGCCAGCAGCGCACCUGCACCAGCAGUCCGAGGAGGCACACGACUGCAAGUCAACACUUCCUUCAUCACUGGGAACGCCGCCAAAAGCUUCUUCUUCAAGACCGGCUCUGCCGGUGGAGCAAGAGGAAAGCAGAAAGAGAAAGAGAAAGAGGAAGAAAAGUCAAAGGGAGGAUGUGUCGUUAUGUGAGCUGUCGAUCUCUGCCUGGAAGGAAACAGUAUCAUGUCUAGCAUGUCUGGUCGAAUCACGCUCUGUUUACCUGGACUAUUCCGCUCUCUCGCUCUCGAUCCUCCCACCCUCAGAUACCCAGGGACGGACAAAACAUCCUUUUCCGACCCUUUCCUUUCCUUUUGGUGUACGUGCUGUCUCUCUUUGCACUCGCAAGCAUCCCUGUUUAUCCAUAUCAUCUCAUCCAUUUCGCUGCACACUACUCUUGCCCUCUUCAUUACCCGCGGCGUCAUACCUCCUGCCAGGUCGUUGUCGUUAUCACAUUGGGCGCUUUUCUUCCUCAGAUUGUACAACACCUUUCCCUCCCUCUUUUCGCAUCCGCAGCCCACAACCUUGUGGACUUCCGCUUUGCCCUUUGCCCGUUGUAUGAUCUACCUCUCCUCCCCUCCCUUCCUUCGUCGCCUCAUCCGCUUCGUUCACUU